CUGGUACUCGUGUCCGUAUCUUCAUCAUCAUCACUUUGAUUAUCUCAACAAACCACUCGCUAACUCAGCCACGUCGAUUCUGCAAUUCUGCAAUUCACCAAUCGAAAGCCUAGCCUAGCCUAGGCUCUUUACGGUCUUGAGAGAUGCCCUCGCCGCCGUCGCCCUCCUCGGGCCCCAACCGCAACACUCUCAAUCAACGCGCCUCGCGGGCCCGGCGGAAAACCUACAUUGGCGAACUCGAGCACAGGGUCCGAACCUUCGAAGCUCAGGGCGUCAAAGCCACCGAGGAAGUCCAGCGAGCCGCAAGACGAGUCGCUGAUGAGAACCGCGUCUUGCGAGAGCAGAUCCAGGCACUAAGGGCGAGGAACGCCGAGCUCGAAGCACUCUUGAUGGGUGGGCCCGUGGUUGCCAGUGGGGGCCACGGUCGGGUUCAAGGCGAACGACUACUCCAAAGCCAAAGCCAAAUUUCUGGACCAAAAGCCACGGAGCAGCAGUAUCCGUCACCACCUCAAAUGAACGAAAUGGCAAUGGCAACGGCAGCGACAAAGGAAGAGUCGCCCACAGCCAAUACCUAUCUGACCCAAUUUCAAUUGGAAACCCGACAACAGCCACCGCUUGCAACGUCCGCAAGUAUACACGCCACGGUGCCUGUUCACGCAGCAACGAACGCUGCCCCUAGUACCGUUCCCAACACUUGUGAAUCUGUACAAGGACACGCCAUGACUGAAAGCACCGCCUCGAGACCUUACUCGGACGAUGGCACCGUCGACAUGGACGAAGACGAGGCUACCACAAAGCCCCAGCCCCCAGUCACACAGCCCAGCUCGUCGGUUCAAGAAAUCAACAACAACGGCCCAUGGUCAAACAGCACCUCCUGCGCCCAAGCAGCAAUGAUCAUUGCAAGUAUGCGCGGCCUGCCGUCUGCAGACGACGUCGUCGCCACCGAGAUAUUAUCCGAAUUGGGCUGUGCGCCGAAACCCGCCACCGCAAGCUCGCGAUGCUGUAGCUCAAAUUUCAAGCAAUGUUCCACCCAGGAAGCUCAGCAUUGUAUGGUGGACAAUGCCAAGCUGUUCGGGAUUCUCGACCAGGAGGAAAGGCUUCCUUGAGGUGUUCCAAGGCAAGUCAAAUCAAUUAAAUCAGACCGUGAUGUGACGCAGUCGCCCGGGUUGGCUAGAUGCGAUCAACACCAAAUACUAUGCAGGCUGCGUUCAGAGUAAAGCGCCGCUGGAAAUGGAUACAACGCGCUGUUAGACACUUCUAGGGCAAGGCACCUUGAUUGCCACGACAACAAUAUGGCACAGCUGCGCUAUGUCUUGCGAAAAGGGCAUCCACUUGACUAUCGAACACAGAGGCAUGGUCCGCACUGUUGCUUCACACAUCCUCUGUCCACCUUCUGGGCUCUGCAGCACGAACCUCUGGAUUUGUUGAAUUCGCAUCUGAACGGGCACAGUCCUCCACAACAUGUCACAACCACGACCAUCCCCCCCAGGCUGCUGAGCCUUAUGCCUUCAUUUUCCAAUCUAACCAUUUAGGAGACUCAGCUCAGCUCAGCUCAGCUCUGACUGGCUUCACCCGCUUGCUGGCUCGUCCGGCAAGACAGGCCAUCCGGCCAACCCCAUGGUGAAGAGCGGAGAGUUCUGGAUCUGAUUGGCCCGAGCCUUCAUCUCGUCCACGUCCCAGUUCGCCCAGACGAACUUGUUCUUGAGAAACCUCGCCUCGGGGCUGCACAACCACACAGCAAAAGACGCUGGCAAGUCGGCUAGACGAGAAAAGAAAGAGAGUAUCAGCAGGAUGACACUCACAACAACCACCGGAGGUAGCUGCUUUGCGGGGCGGGCAGAGGGGACGCUAAGUCACUCACCCGAAUCUUGCGGCGUUAUGCCUGGUCCCGCUUUGUCGCUCAUAUCGCUCUGAAUGAUGCCUGGCUGUAUGCUGACGACAUGAAAGUCCGGGUUUUCCACUUGGAAGGUCUGAAAGACUCUGAUCCCUGCAAGCUUGGACGCAGAGUAGGCCGACCAUGCCGGAUUGGCAACCUGUGCUGCGCCGCUGGUGAGAUUCACGAUGACGGCCUGGGGCGUCACUGCGACUGCAUGGAAUGCUCGAAGCGUGUUGAAGGAGCCUUUGGCGUUGAUUUCGAAUGCCGUCCACCACUCACGCGGCUCGGAUUCCAUGAUCGUGGCCGGCCGCGCCAGGUAGCCGGCGUUGCUGAUAAGGAUGUCGAUGGGACCUUUGGCGGUAUCGCGGAUCUGGGUGAAGGCGGCUUCGAGACUUGUCGGGUCGGUUAUGUCUGCUGUGGCUGUCACUAGAUUGACACCGGGGUACUGAGUUGCGUGUUUGGCUUUCGUCGAGUCCAAGGUUUUCUGGUUGCGGCCGACGAUGCCGAUGAGGUUGACGCCUGCCUGGGCAAACGCCCCGACCAUGGCGGAUCCAAUGGUGCCGCCUCCUCCUGUGACGAUCACAUUCUUUCCCUUUAGCGAGAGCUCGGGGCGAGAUGGGUCAAUGGCAGGAUAGGUGGCAUGGUGAUACCCUUUGAAGGGACUUGGAAGCGCCAUUGAUCACUACUAGUAGUAUUUGGGCUUGUUCGGAGCAAGAGAAGUAAAGGAAAAAGGCAGAGAAAACGAAUGAGCCUGUAAUACCACUGGUUGUCGAUUGAUGUUGGUGUCUUUAUGGAUUACAAAGCAUGAGUACUUAUAUACGAGGCAGGCCCCACGAGGCUUGUGGGGCAUACGGAGUACAGUACCACAGUAUCACAGUUCUGCGUGGAAGAAGCAUCCCUGAGCAAACACGCCGGGGCCUAAUCAGGCCCCUAGUACAUAGAUUCCCUGUCCUUACUAUCCUUACGCUGCCGCCUAAAGUUGUCG